UCCUCACAGGGUUCUCGAAGCAAGACAACCAACGUCACUGACGUCGAUGACGUUUUUUACGUCAGUCUUACGUUUCACGGCGAGCCAAUCCACUUGUGUUGUGCUGAAACCCGGUAGAAACAAAAAAUGUUCAACCGCCGUCCUUCUCGCGUCCUUUGAAUGACUUAUUUCAACAUACUUAACACAGUCCUGUUCAGCGGUAAAACUAUGUUUUCUGGCGACGUGCGAAGCUGCCUUCGUAAACUGGAUACUCUCUUGCGGGUAAUAAAGUACCCAGGACACGUCGAUUACAGUGGCCUAUCCAAAGGAGAACUCUCAGCUUUUCUGCCAAUACUCACCUUCAUUCUCACCACCGUCUCGCCAUCUUUUGCCGAGCAACUGGUGGAAAGUGGACUGGAGCUGAAUGGAAAAACUGACAUGAGAUUCAUAGACACUCUCUAUAAGAUUCUACGAGAUAUCUUCCAUUAUAAACCCAUCCUCUCCAAGCAACAGUUUCUACAAAGGGGUUUCCCUCAAGGAAAAAUGUCCACAAUUUGUGACAUCAUUGACUUGGUCCUUCAAAGACACAAUGAGCUGAAAAAGCCCAGAGUGAGAUAUCCUGUAUCACACAAAGGCACCAGAAGAGAAGAUCAUCCAUCAGUUGCCAAGCUGGACAUUGUCUGUGCGAGUCCUCUUGUUGUGAAUCACAUGCAAAAUGACGACUCGCCGCCAUGCCACAUUGUAACGAAGCCCUCGCACGAUGACAUCCACUCUCAUCCUCCUGAAAAUGUGACCACCCAGCCGGCUGAAAAGGAGCAGAAGGAGGAUGUUACCUUUCUUUCUUCCAAUAUGGAGCAACGCCUUUCUGCAUUGGAAGUUCAAAUUGAGAGCCUUCAUUGUGGUCUUCAAAGGCUCUGUGCUUUGGAGGACCGUCUGGAGAAGCUAGAGAGCCGAAGUAACACAGAAAAAAAGGAAGAAGAAUUCAUCACAAUAUCUAAAGAGAGCUGGGAAAAUCUCAACGAUCGAGUCCUAUUACUGGAAACUAAAAUGGAGCUGGACCAUGCAAGGCUGAGUGUUCCUCCAACAUGUCAGGCAUCUUCUCCAUCCCACUCUGUCAACUCCAUGUCUGAUGCUUUAAAGGAUGAUUUAAAAGACAGACUACAUCGGAUCACCAACAUGCUGAAAAGUACUUCUGAGUACCUCUGAUGAACAAACACAAAAUCCUCGACAAAAAGCUCAAUCCAUCAUGUAGGCUAUUAGUCUUUUUAUAUACAGUAGUCGUAUUCACAGCAGCUUGAUUGUUUACACGUCAUUCUCUGGUCGCUCUUUUAACUAUGGUGGAAAGAUAGUCAUCGUUUGUGAGAGUUAAAAGGUAUGGAUACGCACACAAACACGCAGUUGGUGAUGGGUCACAUUUUCAUUUCGCAGAAUUCCAAAAGGAUUCAGGAAAUGAAAAUAUUUCCUGCGAUGAUAUACAGUACUGUUGUGCUUCAUUAACUUGCAGAUGAUGCUUUCGGCACUCAUCAAGCACCCGUGGAGCACCUCCCUAAUAUAAUGGUGGGACAAAUGCAUACAGUAUCUCCUGCACUUGGAUAGUAUUCCAUAUGGCAUGAAAUGGCACCACUUUAUGCAGGUUAUUUACUUUUUUUUUUACACAUUUUUGUCCACCUUUUAAAUGAAUUUGACACAAAAUAAUCCCCCAGUUUUAUUAUUUGUUUAGUUGUUGUGUUUAGUAUACAGUAAUGCCAACAAUUUUUUUUCUCUUCCUUUUAUUUAUUUUACUCGAUGAUCAUUGUUUCUUUACUAUAAAUAAUCCAUUGUACAUUUUGGCCCAGUAAUAUAAUUUCUGUCUUCAGCAUUUGUUUUGACAUGUCAAUGUUUUAUUUUCUAUAGGUUCUUUCUAAUAAAUCAUUUUCUGAUUUUAUUUUAAAAAAAAUGUAAAUCAAAUGACUGGAUAAUGUCUGUCAGUGUUAAUGUAAUGCGUGUUUAAAUGCUAACAAAAGCCAAACAAGGCCAGCAAAGACCAGCAUGGUGUAGCCCGGCGCCCGUGAGGAAAAAAGUAGGAUCCUUGAAGCGUUUUAUUGAGGCGUGUCCUCCCAGGUGUUCCAGAUCCUAUGAGUUGGCCAAUUGCAGACG